AGGUGGUUGGGGGCUGCAGGUGGGUGCUGGAGAAGCUGUUAUUUAAGCGGGGGACUAAGUCGGUGAUCUGGCUGCCUUGUCCGCUGGUGACUGGUCUUGCUUGUUGAGGGGCCAGUGGGGACCUGCCGUGGGGAGCAUGGGAGGCUUGUGGUCUUGGGUGCUGGGUCUGCUCUCCUUGCCAGGUGUUAUCCUUGGAGAAUCUUCAGCCUCCCGGUGUACAGGAGCCUGCAGCAACAGCUUCUCAGAAGACCUCACAUCUGAGGGGACCCAGGUGUCCUGGGACAAAGACAUCCCUGCAAUUAACCAAGGGCUCAUCCCGGAGGAGACUCCAGAUGGCAGCUUCCUGGUGGAGGGGGACAUCAUCCGGCCGAGUCCCUUUCGGCUGUUGUCUGUGACCAACAAUAAGUGGCCCAAGAGUGCUGGUGGCAUCGUGGAGGUCCCCUUCCUGCUGUCCAGCAAAUAUGAUGAGCCCAGCCGCCGGGUCAUCCUGGAGGCAUUUGCUGAGUUUGAACGUUUCACAUGCAUCCGGUUUGUUGCCUACCAGGGCCAGAGAGAUUUUGUGUCCAUCAUCCCCAUGGCCGGGUGCUUCUCUGGUGUGGGCCGCAGUGGAGGGAUGCAGGUGGUGUCCCUGGCACCCGCCUGUCUCCGCAGGGGCCGUGGCAUCGUCCUGCACGAGCUCAUGCACGUGCUGGGCUUCUGGCACGAGCACGCACGGGCUGACCGGGACCGCUACAUCCGAGUCAACUGGCACGAGAUCCUGCCGGGCUUUGAAAUCAACUUUGUCAAAUCUCGGAGCAGUAAUAUGCUGGCACCCUACGACUACUCAUCAGUGAUGCACUACGGGAGGCUCGCCUUCAGCCGGCGUGGGGAGCCCACCAUCAUCCCACUCUGGGCCCCCAGUGUCCACAUUGGCCAGCGGUGGAACCUGAGCACCUCGGACAUCGCCAGGGUCCGCAGGCUCUACGACUGCAGCCCAGGCAGCCCCAACCCCCACGGGAGCGGGUUCCAGGCCCACAACAAUGGCAGGAGCCUCAUGCCUGCCUCUAGACCCUACCUGCAGAGACUCCUGGAAGCACUGCCGGGGGAGUCCAGGAGCUGCGACCCCAGUGGCCCUCGGGCUGAUGGCCAGCGCAUUGCUGCAGGACCUAGGGAGACCCUGCAUGGGUGGGAGCCCCCUGCCACGAGAAAGUUUAGUGUGGAGCCCUUGGGAAGGCCACCUCAGACCCUGGCUUCUUCCCCAAGGUCAAGGCCUGGAGCAGGGGCCCUGGGCAUGGCUCUGGAGCCAUCCUGGCUGGCACAAGUGCCCACGGACCUUCCAGCCCCAUUUCCAGAAGCUGGAGAGCAGCUGGCGCCUGACCAGGCUGCUGUGGAGAACCCAGCUCUACACGGAGGCUGGGAACCUGGAAGUCACUUUGGAGGGAUGCCUGGCGCUUGA